GUUGUGAACACACAUUCUUCUCCUAUUGCCCCUACUCAGCUCAUGUCGAACCUAUAUAUGAGGCCCUCGCCCAUCAGCUUGAGUGCUUCCAUAUUCCAACUUACAAUCAUUCAAUUCGGCCUCCAGUACUCGCUUCGUCUGGAACGUUCUCGUUUUCCUUCCUCUUCUCUGUAUCUUUUUAGGAACUGGUUUCCAACACACUCCCUCCUCUUCUUUCACUGCAUUUAAAAGGAAAAUCAUCCAAUACUCUCUCUCUCUUCGGUUUCGGACAAAACACAUACAAACUUCAUCAGUCAGAAAGAAAAGGAAAAAUAUGAUGUUUUCAAAGGCUACCCUCAUCUCCGUCCUAUUGGCCGCCGCCGCCAGUGUCAAUGGGCACAUGCAUAUGUCGAACCCUCCGGCGCUCGGCGCAUCAGAGAACAAGUUCACCGCCGCAGUAGAUGUCAACAUCGACGCACCCCUCGCCUCGGACGGCAGCGACUUCCCUUGCCGCGGUCAUUUGAAUCUCAUCGGCACCGCCGCGGGCGCUUCAGUCGCGGAUUAUACGGCCGGUAGCACGCAGUCAAUCACCGUUGCGGGUGGAGCCCGUCACAACGGCGGGUCCUGCCAGGUUUCACUCUCGGAGGAUGGUGGGUCCUCGUGGAAGGUCAUGAAGACUUUCAUCGGAGACUGUCCUGCCGCCGGUGCACCUUUGGGAUUCACUGUGCCCGCUGAAGCGAAGUCUGGAGAAGCAAUCCUUGCUUGGUCCUGGUUCAACCAGGUCGGCAAUCGCGAGAUGUACAUGAACUGUGCGGCUGUUACCAUCAGCGGUGGCGGCAGUGGCUUGAGCGCUCUCCCGGAUAUGUUCGUUGCCAACGCUGGUAACGGAUGCACCAGCAACGCCGAGGGAACUGGUGACCUCGAGAUCCCCAACCCUGGCGAGGACGUCGAGAGGAAGAGCACCAAGUCCAGCCCCCCGGUUGGCAGCUGUGCCUCCGGUGGUUCUCCAGCUCCCCCGGCCGAUGACUCGUCUUCAGCUGAUGCCCCCACCGCUACCGCGCCUGCCGAGACCGCCACUGAGCCCUCGCCAACCAGUGUCGUCCCCACCUUCAUCAUUCCCACCCCGGAGCCUACCAUCCCCGCCGAUUCUCCCACCGCCCCUGUGGAGACUGCCCCGGCGGAGACUGCACCUGCGGCGACGAACACUUUCAACGAUGGCCUGUACCGCCCCACCGGCGGAGCCAAGACCUUCGACGAUGGGCUCUACCAUCCCAAGGCCACGGCGGCGCCUACCCGCGUCGCAUACCGUUUCCGCGCCUAGUUUGGAACCCACUUUUUUGUAGAUUUCGUUUUCAUUUUCUUUCGGUCAACUAACGGUGUUUGAUUUCCGGGCUCAUUUUUAUAUCUGUUUGAUAGUCUUGGAUGAAGGUUCCAAAACGUUCCUGGUACAAAGGUAGAUUGGUGGGAAGGCUGGCUGGGCCCCUUGUGUUUUAUAUCGCGGCGUUGUGGGCGGAAUUUGAUUCGGUGUGGGGAUUUGUUUGGAUAAAAUUUGAAACUUGCGCCGCAAAAUAGUGAAACCCUUUUUUCUGUCUGUUGAAACUUGCGCCAGGAAAUAGUGAAACGCUUUUUCUCUCCAUG